AUGCGCAGAAAAUGAUAACCUUUGAAACACUAAAUCGUAUAAACGAAUUCAAACUUAAACUGUCGCCGUUAAAAGUAAAUCAUCAAUAUUGUGAAAUAAAGUGUCAAUUGUGUUUUAUAUACAUAUUUUAUAAUGACAUUAUUUCUCAUUGUAUUACAAGGAUCAUAUUUCUUCAGCUGUCAUAUGACAUUUGUAAGAAAUUGAGAAGAAGGAAAGAUAUUUACUUUUGCACAAAUUAAUAGGAUUUUAUAUCAAUUAUCAAGAUGGCAAGAAAAAGCUUAGCAAAUAUAGUAAUAGAAUCAAAUAUGACCAAUUUUCCGUCUACAUCUUCACCACUCCGUAGAAAAUCUAUCGUCAUACAAAAAUCCUCAUCAGCUUUAUUGGAAAAUGAUGACGAGGCAGAACGUUUAGCAUUAAGACGUGAUGCCACAUCAACUAGUACACCAUUAACUACAAAAAUUAAUGAAAAGAGACGUUCCUUAGGUUUAGGAUUUUUGACACAAAUGUCAGAACCACAAAUGACUGAAUUAAUAUCACAUUGUAUCAAAUUAAGCGCUGAAAAUAAAAUUAAUGUUAAGAAUGCAUUCAGCUUAGAAAUGAUAGAUUUUAUGACAUUUAUGGUGACCAAAAGGAAUUCUGAACUUACCAAUUUGCAAGUGGCCAGUACGUCAUUGGAUGUAUGUACAAAAAUUUAUGGAUUUCGUGUGGAUGGUAUAUAUACAGAGAUUUUAAAAAUGGUCGGUGCAUUGGAUCGACAAAAGGAAAAUAAUUCUACCGAUGAAGGGCCAAUACAAUCAAACAAUGCAGAAGAAAAUGAAGAAAGACCAAUAGAAAAUCAAUUGAAGAAAAAAAAGAAAAGAACUAAACAGAAGAUCAUUAUUACAGAAGAUGUAAUAAAUGUAUCCGUUGAAACCAUGUUACCCUCACAAAUGUUCAUAGGAUCUGGAGAUUUAUGUUCAUCUGAUAUGCUCUAUCAAGUAGUCCUAUCGCAUCAUGCAAAUUUAGGCUUUUAUCAUAAUACAUAUAACGAUAUUAUUUUAGAUAAAUUAAACGAAACAGAAACGGAGAAUGAAAAUCUUCCAGAAUAUACUAUAUCUCCAAUAGAAAAUUUUUCAGAAUCAGAUCUAUGUCCUAGUGUUACUGAUUUUGAAUUUUUAAAAUGGUCACCAGAAGAUGAACCAGAAGACAUACAAACUACACAAGAAAACAAUGAAAAUAGAUUUCAAUUUGAUCUUGAUGCUAGUAUACCUUCUGCCGAUGAAGAGGAAUUUGAACCUAUGAAUUAUUUUAGCAUGCAAGAAGAUACCAAUAAUAGAGAUUUGUCUAUGAGAAAUCCUAAUCAAGUAGAAAAUAUAGUAGACUUUCGUAAAGUUAUGGCAGAACAAGUACCCGAGCAAUAUCACAAAACAUCAGAAUAUUCUUUUAUACAGAAAAAUUUUAAUUUAAUUCAUUGGGCAGGUCCUUCUUAUUGGAAAGUUAAAACAUUAACAUUAUUUCCAAAUGAGAAUAAAGUAGUGGAAACGUGUCAUCAGGGACCGAUUAAAAAAAAGAAAGAAAUAGAACUUAAAUAUUCUCAUGGUGCAAUAUCUGACAUUGAACAAAAGUUCUUACCUAGCCAAGCAGUAAAGUUACAAAUUAAAACAGCCAAAGUAGAUUGGACUGAAGAAAAGGUAACUUUACCAGAAGAUUUACAUUAUGAUACUUCACAAAUAACAAAAUUAUACCUUCGUCCUUUAAUGUUUGCAAAUCCUAGACAAAAAGAUUUAACGGAUACAGCACAAUUGCCAGAAGAUAUCGAAGGUUAUGAUUAUAAUAAUGAAAAUGAUAUGUCAAACUUUUGUCCCGGUAUUGAUACAGAUUGUGAUAUGCAAGAAAGAAAUGAUUUUGAUGAAUUAAGAAAUGUGGAUGAAAAUAUAGCGGGAAGUCAGAUGGCAUUUACCAAUGAUAAUUUAGUAACUGCACCGACAUUAACGAAUAAAAUCUUCUUGCAAUAUCCUUUGCGCGCCAAAAAAAUUGAUAUGCGUCAGUUAAAGAAAACCAUAUGGAAAUCUUUAUCUAAAUCAUCAAAUAUGAAUAAUAUGAAUGCGGAAUUGGGAGAACAAAAUGAGAAUACGAAUCAAAUUAAGGAAUCUAAAUGUUUCAAUACCGUUUAUAAAGCUUUACCAAAUGAACUUUCGAAAAUAAAUGUAGAAGCAUUAAGUGUGCCUAUUGCAAUAGUAUCUUUACUUCACUUAGCCAAUGAGAAAUCUUUAAAACUUUCCACACUUUCAGAUAUGUCGGAUAUUAUUGUAGAAGGAAAUUAAUGUAUUAGUUUUAUUAUUAUAUUUUGUAAAUGUAUAUAUCUUA